UGGCCGCCCAGACUCCCACGAGGGGUCGCAUGCAAAAGAUUUGCGAAAGGGUUUAUUGUUUCUUUGCUUUCGGGAGCCGGAAUUUGUUUGCUAUCUGCUCAGUUCUACAAUCAAAUAACGCGACGGUAAAAUGGCUGGUGGCAAGGCAGGAAAAGACAGUGGCAAAGCCAAGGCCAAAGCGGUGUCUCGCUCCCAGAGGGCUGGGCUGCAGUUCCCAGUGGGUCGUAUCCACAGGCACUUGAAGACUCGCACAACCAGCCAUGGUCGUGUAGGAGCCACAGCAGCUGUGUACAGUGCAGCUAUCCUUGAAUACCUCACUGCUGAAGUACUAGAGUUGGCGGGUAAUGCCUCCAAAGACUUGAAGGUGAAGCGUAUCACUCCCCGUCACUUGCAGCUCGCCAUCCGUGGUGACGAGGAGUUGGACUCCCUCAUCAAGGCAACAAUUGCCGGAGGAGGUGUCAUUCCCCACAUCCACAAAUCCCUCAUUGGAAAGAAGGGCCAGCAGAAGACUGCAUAGAUGCCAUGUUGACCAUACAUUUCAGGGCUUAGGCUUUGAUAGGACCAGGAGUUCACAUUUGUUCUUUUUUAUUAUUAAUAUUAUAGCAAAACAAAGAGUGAUUGUUAGGAUUUGUGUUGUAAUAUUUCCCCAUAACUAGAAAAUAAAGUACAGAAAACCCCUUAACGACAAAAAUACCCCCAUGUAUGUUAUUGUAGGACGUUUGAUUGGGGAUUUCAUGAUUAUGUCAAAUUACUUUGUUAAAGUGAAUUUGUUUGAUUGGCCUGGGACUCUGUAAUGUUUUAUACUGAAAAAAGAAUUGUUAAAACCGUUUUUAUAUAAAAAAAAAAUACCUUGUAUUGUGGUUAUUUUCUUGGAGUUACUAUGUUUCUAAAGGUUUCUUUUUUUUUUGAGUAACUGCUAAAUGGGAGGUGGUGCUUCCCCUCUUUUGAACUGCACAUGGAUAUUGAUGUAUUAAUAGUUUUGUUUUCUUUACAUCAGUCCAGUGUUUUGUGUCUGUAGCACUUCGACCGAUGUGUUCACCUUAAAAUUGAAGCGUGUUCCUCUGCUGCUGCGAACCGGUGACACCGAUCCCGCGGCGCCCUUAUCAGAACUAUACAGCUGGUGAGAUGAUAUUUGGAGAUGGGUUGAACCAAAUCUGUGCUUUAAAAAUGUAUUCGCAGAACCUAAAUGUCCUGGCUUUGAGUCAUUACCUUCUUCAAGGAAAGAAGUCCAACAAGCUAUGUGUUCGGGGAAAUGCCGUAUUUUAUCUUUUAAUAAAUACCCGUUGCACGUCAUCUCUUGGCUUGAAACCAC